AUGGAGACGUCAGUGAAAGCAGCUGAGGUGUUGGUGCCUCCACAGCCGGACGGAGGCACUAAGAACACCAAAGGUGAGGUGGCAGCUCCUCCUGCAGCCUCUUCCUCCGACCACUCGAACCCCAUGUCGGAGUUCAAGAGGCGGCUGGAGGACAUCAUCAGCACCCACGGCUCUGCAGCCGAGCUCCUGGACCAACAGAGUUUGAUGGAGGCAGAGACGGAGAAGAUGAAGAAGGAGCCAGUGGAUGACAUCCCCGUUUCCAUGGAGACAGAGGUCUGUCUCAUCAUGAAGAGCCUGAAGAAGAUCUCCUCUCCAGAGAAGAAACUUGAAGAUGUGGUCAGGAGAUAUGCCGAAAUGGCGGCCCAGCGGCGUGGCGAUGAGAGGAAGCUGAGCGUCCUGCAGAAGAAGUUGUCCGUCCUGGUGGACGAGCGGCAGCAGCUGCAGGAGGAGAGUCGCAGCAGCGUCGCCGCUCGCAGCAAACUGGAGGAUCUGUGCAGAGAGCUGCAGGGACACUACGAAGUCCUGAGGGAGGAGACCCUUCAGCGCAGCAGGGAGGACGAGGGGAAGAGGACGGAGAUCACCAGCCACUUCCAGAUGAUGCUGAAUGAGAUCCAGACUCAGAUCGAGCAGCACAGCACCCGAAACGACAAGCUGUGCCACGAGAACAGCAACCUGACCGACAAACUGGAGAGUCUGAUGAGCCAGUGCGAGAUGAGGGAGGAGAGUUUGGAGAAGAUCAACAAGCAUCGCGACCUGCAGCACAAACUGACUGAAGCCAAACUGAAACAAGCCCACGCCAUGCUGAACGAAGCCGAGGAGAAACACAGGAGGGAGAAGGAUUACUUGCUUAGGGAGGCUAUUGACAUGACAAAGAAAUGCUUCGCUAUGAAGGAGCAGGAGCUGGCCAUGAAGAAGAAGCUGACCCUCUACGGUGAGAAGUUUGACGAGUUUCAGGCGACGCUGGCCAAAAGCAACGAAAUCUACGUCCGCUUCAAGAAGGAGAUGGAUAACAUGUCAGACAAGAUGAAAAAAAUGGAGAAAGAGUCAUCUCUGUGGAGGACGAGGUUUGAGAACUGCAACAAGGCUCUGAAUGACAUGAUGGAGGAGAGAACCGAGAAAAGCAAAGAGUACGAAGUGUUCGUCAUCAAGAUUCAGAAGCUGGAGAGGUUGUGUCAUGCCCUACAGGCCGAGAGGGAAAUGCUCUACGACAAGAUCAAAGAGGUCCGCAAGGCUAACUCCAACAUCCCAUUAAAGGUCUUCGGCACCUCUAAAGCCGAGGAAACCCCUGAACCAGAAGUUGCUGACAAAUCUGCCUUGCUGACCGGUGUGGAGCUCCAGGAUCUCCAGGAUCUCCAGGAGGUGGACCCGAUCUUAACGGAAGGCAUGUCCCGUCUGAGGGAGGAGCAGGCCAAGCUGCAAGAGAUUGCCGCCUCCCUGAUGGCCACACCCUGCGACAAUAAUGAAGACGAUGAUGAGGAAGAACCCGAAGAAGACUUGGUGGCCUCUGCGUUUGACCAUUUCAGAACCAAAACUCAAGUCAAAGAGGAAGCUGUUUCAAUCCCUCAGCAGGUGGUAGAAGUCAAAUCAGAGGCAGCAGAAUCAGUUCUCCCACAGCCAGAUAAAGUUGAGGAGGAUCCAAAGCCAGCCGUGUCCACACCAGUAGGGGACAUUUCUGAAAUUAUACCAACAGACACAGUAAAAGUUCCAAUCCAGGUCCAGGAUAAAGAGGUUAAACCAGUCAAACCAGAUGAGGAGAUCCAGCAGCAACCUGCUGAACAAGUACCGACAGCUAAACUUGAAAAAGUCAAGAGCAAUCCACCAACAAAGCAGAAACCAAAAGCAGCAGAGGCCGAGAUCUUGAUCCAGGCUGGCGAGGUCAAACCAGUGGUCCCAGUGGAAGACAGCAAGGUCCAGGCUGAACCAGUUCAAGUACCAGAAGAAGCACCAACCAAAUCAGAAUCAGCCCCACGUGCCGUGAGCACACCUACAACAUCUGCCUCCUCCAAUGCAGAGUCCUCCAAGAAGCAAACACCGAAGAAAAAGAAGAAGAAGAACGGCAAGAAUGCUAGCUAA